AUGAUCAGUGAAAGUGAGGCAAAGACUGUAUUAUACAAAAAAACUGCCGAGUACCUUGAUAGAGGAGUUCAGAGGAAUUUAGAAGGGGAUGUGCCAGAGCCAUUGAAGCCAGUGAUGCCAAUGAAGCCAGUGAUGCCAGUGAAGCCAUUGCCACUGAAGCCAUUAUUAAGAGAAGAAAUCUUUAAAAUCGAAUCGCACAGGUCCACUGAACACGACCAGAACGAAGUUCUUCGGGUAUUUGUAAGUGACUUUGCUGGGCAGUCAAUCUAUUACGAUACCCAUGGCUGCUUUGUGAAGUUCACGAUCUUUCUCUGGAGUUUGAUAAACCCGCCGUUCCCAAAUUUAAAACAAGUAAUGAAGAGGAAGAGAUAGAGAUGAACAAUUCUCAUCUGAAUACCAAUUUAGAUAAUUUUACAUCAUGGUUGAAGUUCCUGCAAGGUUUAGGAGAAUGCCAAGAUCAACAGUUUCCUGAUAAAUCUGGUCACUUUACCACUUGCAGUGGUGAGAACUUUAAACUGCCACCAGUUUUAAUAGCCUUAACUCACAGUGAUGAGGUGAAAGGCAACGACGAAGUGCCUGAUGCAGCUAUGGUAGAAGACAGCUCGAACUUUAGAAGGCCAAAUGAAACCUCAAGUGAAGCUUCAAGCUCAGGUAAUUGUUUGGUUACGAUCAGACUUUGACCAUACAUUACAGUAGUUUGGAAUUUACAUUUCCGAUUUUAGAAGCCCAUAUAUUUCUGUGCACACUUUAUAGGUACCGCCGAGUACCUUGAUAGAGGAGUUCAGAGGAAUUUAGAAGGGGAUGUGCCAGAGCCAUUGAAGCCAGUGAUGCCAGUGAAGCCAUUGCCAGUGAAGCCAUUAUUAAGAGAAGAAAUCUUUAAAAUCGAAUCGCACAGGUCCACUGAACACGACCAGAACGAAGUUCUUCGGGUAUUUGUAAGUGACUUUUUAAUUCGCGCAGCCUUAUAUCCCCUAUGUAUAAUUAUUUCAUCCGUUUUUCAAGUGCUUGAUGCAGCUAUGGUAGAAAACAGCUCGUAGUUUUAACAGUUUGUCAGCCAUGUUUGCACUAAAGCUACAAGCGCAACGAUCUCAAAUGUACUUUGCAACUGGAAUUUUAUCAGAAUUUCGUUAUAAGCAUGAACCAUCAAGUAAAAAAAUACACACGUUAUUUACCGUUUAGGUCAGUCCGUACUGAAAGAUAUGUUCCCAAACGUCCCUCGGCCUUCUUCUAAGACCUCGGGAAAAUAUUUUUCCGUGCGGACCUCGCAGCCGGUAAAUAACAUAUAUGUAUAAUAAUUGCUGUAGUUGUCAGUGUAAGAACACGCAUUGUUGUACUGUACUUCACAGAAUACAAAAUACAGUACUUCGUUGGGUGAAUUUGAAUAAGGUUAAUUCAAACUAUCAAACUGACUUGCGUUAGUGAAGAUUUCAGUUUCCAUUACAAAAUAGCUAGAAAUAUAUGCAUGCAUGCAGCAACCACAGAGGAAGUACAUACAGAGGUCUCAUUUGUCUGUUUGUCAUGGAUGCGGUAUGAAAUUGAACAAACCACACUGAUCUCAAUAACACCACUGAAUGUAAAUCAUAUUUAUAUAAGUAUUAAGUGCACAAAUUUAAUAACAUUUUGGCUAUUGCAAAUAUACAGUAACGGCCAAACAAAAGCUCAUGGGCUUGUACAGACAGAUAAAUAACAUCGUAAUUUUGGAUAUUAAUUGGUAUUUUAGUGAGUUAAUUUUUUAUGUGUGAUCUAUUCCCUUUGCUAAAUGGUAAUAAUCCAUUUAAUUUGAAAAAAAUCAUUUAGUUUUGCUCAAAAUAACUUUAUGGCUUCAUAUGAUCAUGGAUUGUAAAAUAACUGGAUUGGAAACAUCUGACGUCAUUGACCUCAUCCUUGUCACAGAAUAAAGACAUACAGAAGUGUAACUUCCAUUACAAAAUCGUAAGGCACUUUUUACCGAAAUAGCUGGCGGCCAUGUUCUUAGCAAGUGCCCUAAAGAGAGGCAUUCACCCCCCCCCCCCUGGAAUAUUAAAUUUUCAAUAUGUUUUCAGGGGGGUGACUGCCUCUCUUUAGGGCACUUGCUAAGAACAUGGCGGACUGAAAAAACCCUUACGCACUUUUAAUAAGAAGAUACACUUCUGUAUGUCUUUAUUCUGUGUCCUUGUUGAAAAACGUGACGUCACGCGUAUUGCGAAUAUUACCAAAGUUCUUGUUGUUUUGCUAUAUUUAACACUUUAAAAGAGUUAUAUUGAAGCAUAAACUGGUCUAAUUGUUUUAAAAAACAUGCCUAAGCCACGACAAAGUAUUGGGGCAAAUGCCCCCGCAAAAUUAUUUUUUGCCCCCCCCCAUUUUGCCCCCCCUCUCAAAAAAAAAUAUUAGUCACUAAGAGCGACUAAAGGCUACGCAAGCGUUCUGUCGUUAUCGGAAAAUGUAUGGCUUAUAAGUUGUCGUUACUCAUUAGUGAAUGCGCGUAUACAUGAAACUGUUUUUUACAGUUUCAAUAUUAGUUUGUAAAUCUCUGAAUGGUAAAACUUGCCAAUACUCCAAUAAUACGUUUCAAAAAAAGACAAGCAAACUUUAGUUUUGCAGUUAAAUUCUCAAACGUGUAAGGCAAUAAUAAGAUGAAAGUAUCACGAAAUUAUUUGAAUGAACCACAUCGCAUCUAUGGGGGGCGAAUGUCCUAAAGAGGGGCGAUAUUCCUAAGGUAUUCGCUCCACCCCCCUGGGAGGCGAUAUUCCUAGGAUAUUCGCCCCGGUGGCGAUAUUUCAAGGAAUAUCGCCACGUUUUGAGAGGGGGGGGGGCGAAUUUCCUGGGGGGGCGACCUUUUUAAAAAUUCUAUCUUGCCCCCCCAAAAUUUGAGUUUGCCCCUCAAAUGCUCCCCCCCCCCCCAAAUUUGGAAGCCUGGCGCCGCCACUGUGCACAUUUGGCGAAUUUCGAUUCCUAAUGGCCCCUGUUUGACUCGCAAAUUUUUGCUGCAAUUUUAGGUGCGAUUUUCUUUUUCUGAUGGAUGUGAACGAGUGGAUGAGUUAUGAAUGUUCAGAUGAGGGUACAUAUACUCAGAACAUUCAUAACUCAUCUACUCAUUCACAUCCAUCAGAAAACCACAGAAUCUAAUCUUGAAUUGUCUGUGCCAGUGUAGGUAGUGGCAAUAAUAUGAACAAGCUUUCGUUGGUAGGGAUGCAACUAGCUGAAAAAUAAGGCCCUUGGUCUGGAGUUACUAGCCAAACUCCCGACGUAGGGCCUUCGCUCGAAACGUCGAAAUUCUCCUUAUAUUUUUCAGGUAGUAUCCCUAUCAUGAACGAAAGCUUGUUUACAGAAUCUAAUCGCUCUUUAAUAACCAAUGAGGUCAAUUCCACGUUUUUAAUUAAUUCAGAUACAAUUUAAUUCUCAGAUGGUAGUUUUUACAAUACUUCUAAACGCUUUUCUGUUAUACUGGUAACAUUCCCUGAUAUGACCACGAUUACGCAAUGAAUCAAUUAUUGAGCCUUCACUCAAAACGUCAAAGUUCUCCGUGUAUUUUUCAGGUAGUUGUAUCGCUAUCAACCCAAGUUUUGUUAUUAUUGCCACUACCUACACUGGCAAAGACUGUUCAAGAUAAUAUAUGCACCCUUGCACGUCCCUAACAUACUUACUUUGUGAAAUGAAUAAAUGUUUGGAGCAAUGGUAUUGUUUUUUAUGAAUCUAGAACUAUGAAUUGAAUUUUUGGUAUCUUUUGUAUUACUAAUAUGGCAUUGUUUCUGUAUAGUUUUCUUUGGUUGUGUGGAGCGUAUGGGCUGAUUGGUCGGAACAAAAAGAUCUCUCGUCCACUUUGUACCUCGCAGUUAAAAGAGGAGUGAAGAGAUCGUUUGUGCGACGUGAACUUGAAGAGAAAUUCCUGUGUGACGACGCUAAGGAACACUUGAACUCCUUCGAGAACCUGAAAUUAAAUGUUUGGGUCUCCUUUCAAGUAAAUUGA